AUGGCAAAACGGCCGGCAUCUCACAACGCCCUAAGCACCGAUGACCAAUUAUAUCUCGAAAAGCACUUCAGACGUCAAAUAGUAAGUCAGCUGGGCAGAGCUACUGGUGUUCAGGUCACAGCAGCGGCCGACCUCAUGGCUGAUAUCAUUCUGAGGCGUCCUGAAGGACAAACAACGGAGUGGCAUGGAGUGAUGAGGGUCUUCACGGAGAGAUUGGCCCAAAGAUUGGAUGAGGGCAGUGGCUAG